AUGAUCGGUUCACUACAAAGAGCCGGAGUUCCCAUCACUAUCAGACACCACAGGACACCCCAGAGGUCGCUUGUUCCUGCCACGAGAGCUAUCCUCUCCAUCUUGGGGAAUGCGGCGGUCCUGGUCAGCGCAGCUCGUCGCGUCACCCUGCUCAAAGCUCCCGAGCUGCUGACAGUGAACUUGGCCGUGACAGACAUCGGCAUGGCCCUCAGCAUGUACCCUCUGUCCAUCAGUUCAGCCUUUAACCACGCCUGGAUCGGUGGUGACACGACUUGCCUCUACUACAGCCUGAUGGGCAUGAUCUUCAGCAUAACCAGCAUCAUGACUCUGGCUGUGAUGGGGAUGGUCAGGUACCUGGUAACAGGAAGUCCACCCAAGACAGGUAUAAGGUUCAAGAGGAGAACCAUCAUCAUGGUAAUCUGUGGGAUCUGGCUGUAUGCUAUUCUGUGGGCCUUGUUUCCUCUGCUGGGCUGGGGCAGCUACGGCCCGGAGCCGUUCGGCCUCGCCUGCUCGAUCGACUGGACCGGCUAUGGGGAAUCGCUAAACCACGCCACCUUCAUCAUGACUCUGUCCAUUCUCUGCACAUUCCUCCCCUGCCUGGCCAUCGUCUUCACGUACUUUGGGAUCGCCUGGAAGCUGCACAGGGCUUACCAAUCCAUCCAGAGCAACGAUUUUCAAUAUGGCAAUAUUGAGAAGAAAAUCACCCUUAUGGCUGUGAUGAUCAGCACAGGCUUCCUUAUAGCCUGGACCCCCUACGUGAGCGUCAGCUUCUGGAGUAUGUUUCACUCCCAGGAGCAGGACCACAUGACUCCAUUCAUCACCCUUUUACCAUGCCUCUUCGCAAAGAGCUCCACCGUGUAUAACCCUGUUAUAUAUUUCAUCUUCCAGCGUACAACCCGGCAAGAGCUCCAACGCCUCCAGAGAGUGAUGUUUUGUUGUUACCAUCAGCUCAAUUCAGCUGCUGAAGUAGAGAAGGCAGAGGUCCAAAUGGGAAAAGGUACAAACUGCAAUGUUUAUGAGAAUGGGACUGAUGAAACAUGUGUGGGUCUAGUGGGAUCUCCAUGCAAUCAGUCUGGGAGACAGGUGAUGAGUCUGGAGUAAAACUGUACAUGAUGAUGUUUAUCUGCUUAUAUGAUCUGUCAGUGCCCAAUCAGACCGAGCGAGUGCGAAUGCACUGCCAUUCGUUUGUGUUCAAUUUGUAAAAAGACACUGGUUGCAUAAUUUUUAACUGUAACUAGGCAACCCCUGAACUACCUGCCCUUAGCCUUUAUUGUUCUGGAGUAAAUUCAAUCUUUUGGCUAGCUAAAAGUUUACUUCCUGGUCAGUAGACGCUACAUAAUGAAUACAAAUCUUCAUGUAAAAUGGACAGACAGAGGAUUACGUUAUUCAUGGCUUAUUUAUGGAUUCAGUCGUGGACAGUUUGAUAAUCCGCUGCAGAUCAUGUGGUCGUUCAGAGCACUCCUGCCAAAAUCUGAGGCGCUUGGCACUUAGAUUAAAAGGUAAAUACCACUGUCAUACCACUCUCUUUAUGCUUAAAGCUAAAGCAGGAAAGAACUAACUUGCUCUGUCCAAAUGUUACAACAUCCCAAAGCACAUUCUAAAGGUGCAAUAUGUAAGAAUUGGUCACCAGUUGAAUUCACACUCAAAACAAAUCGGGACAGCACAAACAAACUACUGCUAACUUUAGCUGCCGUUGGCUCAGUUAGCGACACAGCUGGCAGUCUGGACUGGGAGCCCAGGCGCCGGGACAGGCCGAGGCUAACUGCUGUCAGCUUGCUCACAACAGUAGUCAUCUCUGCAACACAACACAAAAUAGCCGUGACGUGUUUUUCGUUCACCAUCUGCUGAUCAUUUAAGUUAAUUUUUGGACAUUUCCAGCUGAAAUUCCAACACACUGCAGGGUGGUUUCAAACUCUGACCUCUAACCUUCAGCAAGAAGGUGAUGGCAAAUUUCUCAAGAGUUGGUGGAUGAAAUUGAAAUAAAACAAGAAGCAGAAAAUAAUUAUUGUUAUUUCUAAAGAGUGCUGUUGGGGGAGAGAGAAAAAGUUAUUAUUAGUGGAAGUAUUAUUGUUUAUUUAUGACUGUGAACUUCCUCUGGCCUCUCGUUAACUAUUUCUACGUCUUUGGUGAACUCUGACUUCAUUAUUCCCACGGCAUUCUCCGUUUGCAUGCUUCAUUGUUUCACCCCGGCGUGCCGAGCGCGAGGUCAGGAAAAUGGUUGUCAGCUUUAAAUUAUCACGAUACCAACACUAUAUAUCAGAGGCCUGAUAGCUUGAGCAGUCUCAUCAACAAACUCGUCGGAGUACACGCCUAUUUGCAAACCGCACUGCAGAAGAUCUGAAUUCAUGCAGAUUUCCUUUAUCUCUAUCAUGUUGGUGCUGGUGCACGGGAACAAUGCAGCACAGAUGGAUCGAGCCACACGUUUAAAUAUUCUUCCUCAUGAAUUUCGCCACGAGGCACUCUUAAUACCCACAGUUUUGUGCGUAGGAAAAAUUUGAUUUUUUUUGUUUGUUUGUUUUCUAUCGGAUUAUGCUAAUUUGAUUUUAAGAAAUAAGAACAGCUUGCAGCACCGGUUCUUGAAUAGAAAUAAAUGUGUCGAUAAAAUUGGCUAGACUGGAGGGAAGGAAGGUUCAUAUGAUGAGGCCAGCAGGGGUUAUCUGUUCUACACAAAGACUCAGAGGGGCGAUUAUAGAGCCCAGAUACAGAAAGAUUGAUCUUACUUUAAUUUGUGUCAUGUACCAUAGUGGAGCACAAGCAUAUUGACUGUACAUAAACAGGCCAAACGGACAACCUGAAUGAGCUGAAUGAUCUGAACACGUAUCUGUUAAACAUGAAAACGUCCUUUUAUUGACUUGUGUGUGCUUAUAUAGAAAUCACAAUAAAGAAAAAGGCAACACA